GCAGUAUUGUAUCUAACUAUAGGAAACUAUAGGGUAGGUUACAGACAAGUUACGUGCGUCCUUGCAGUCUUCCUUGUUUUGAUGAGUGACAAAGUUCAUACUUCUGCGCCGUCAACAUCCAGACAUCGCAUGAUCAUCGACUACAUAUGACGCUGCGACUCCAGGGGAAGGAAGCGAGAUUGACACCCAAUGGCUCUCAAAAACUACGUUCUUUUGUUACUUCUCAUGAUCAUAUCCCAUGGAGGAAACGCCAACAAACCCUGUUUACCAUGCACAUGUUCCAAAAUAAUGCACGAAGAAUGUUACUAUGCGAACUGUUCCUACCUGAAUUUGACGGCGAUUCCACCGACACUGCACCGCGACAUUUGUCAUCUGAAUCUCCAUGGAAACGUAAUCACUACCCUUAAUAACUCGGAUUUAAACAAUUAUACAAUGUUGACUUCCCUAGAUCUCUCCUUUAAUGUUUUGUCUGAAGUCCACAACGACACAUUUAACAGUGUUGGGGAUUUGGCCUUUCUUGACCUGUCCACAAACAGACUCAACUUUACGUUCACAUCAACACAGAUAUUCUCUCCCUUGACGAAACUGAAAGUUUUGAACAUCAGCAACAAUACUUAUCUCGACAUCCCUGAUAUGAUCCUGUGUCAUCUGAUGUCUCUUGAGAGUCUCACCAUGGAUGGUUUACAAAGUCCUAUUGGUAAUGGAUGUGGUGUGAUGUACAAUCUUACAUACCUAUCCCUAUCUGGUGCAAAUGGGCGUUGUAAAAUUGAUUACUUGUCCGAGGACUUACUGCAAAACGUCCCGAUGCUAGAGUAUCUGAAUGUUUCUUAUUGUAAAAUUUUUACGGUAAAACCUGGAGCUCUUUCCUUCUUGCGGAAUAUCGACACUCUUGAUAUAUCAGGUAACACCUACUUAAAUUUCAAAGGAGUCGCGAAUGCUACGGCUGGACUGGAUAAAUCAAGACUGAGAAAACUUUUUAUUAACCAGAUGGUGGGAAAACUUACUAUUUGUGUUUGGGUGCCACAAUCGAUUGGUUUAAAUCUUCAAAAUACUUCCCUGGAAACAAUAGAGGCUAACGACAACCGUAUCGAAUUAAUUCACAAAAAUGUGUUCAGGCUGUUGCCAAAUACACUAAAGACUGUCAGUAUCAGGAACAACCGUCUCACCUACGGUGUAUACAUCUGGCACUACAGAACCUGA